AUGGGGAACUUAAAACAAGAUCUGUCUCAUGAACAACCCUGUCACCCGCGCGCUUGCGCCAUCCAAGAUUGCUUGACCAAGAAUUCGUUUAACGAGGACAAGUGCCAGGCACAGGUCGACGCUUUAUACGAAUGCUGCAAUGCCUUUUACCAGGAGCGAGGAGACCAGGCGUCGACGGUCAGCUGUCCCAAGGCCAAUUUGCUGCGUCUGAAGAUGAGACAGCGAGCGCAGGCAGCAGAGGGCAGAAAUUAGAUCCCUGUAAACUACAUUGUACAUAAAGAGUUGCCUCCACAGGCAUGUCACAAUUCCCUUGCGGUCUGAGCUCCCAUAUAGAGGAAACCAGGCUAAUUGAAGAACUGCAAUUGUUCUAAGACAAUCUUGAGCACGCAGAGAGGCCUCAAGGACCUGAACGAAAAUUGAGCUUUCGUUCCGAGACUCUAAUGAAAGCCUAAUGACAUUUGUGGAAGAAAAGAGAAGAAGAAGAACGGCGG